CCACCCCGUUAACAAAUGAGCUGUGAAAUGUUUUGACUCUGGCAAAGCCAAAUAAAAUGAGUGUGCUAGUGCUUCAAACAUAUUUGUUGGUAAUUCUUAGUGCCCACAUCGUGGUCCACAGUCAUCCGAAACCAGUGGCAACCCCGGAGUUGGCUCAACUUCAAGCGCAGCUCAUGAAAGACUUGCCGAAGGAUUGGCCUUUAGAUCGUUGUGUGAAUUCGCAUGGCGAUUUUGGCCUUUGCUCUACCCACAUGGGAUGUGAAGACUCGGGUGGAUUGCACAUUGGCCUUUGUUCUUUGGCGGGUGUUCCAGGUUCCGGCUCCUGUUGCUAUCAGCUUCAAUGUCGGGCAACCUCAGUUCAGCAAGAAUUGCUGGAGAGGCUCAACCAUUUUGGCUUAAGGAAUACCCCCGCCCAUAUGAUUUCUCGUGCGGCCUUGAGGCAAUUAGGAUCGGAUCCGAUGCAUCAGAUAUGUGGCCGACCCCCGGCAAUUUUUCGUAGAGGUCAAAUCCUGUCACAAUUAUCGACCGAAAUGAGGUAUCCGUGGCUCUUGUCUCUCUGGAUCAAGCCACGGGGUGCCAAAGAUGAAGAUGCAGUGCCCAUUUGCGGUGCCGCUCUUAUAUCAACCCGUCAUGCAAUCACGGCGGCUCAUUGCAUUGUCGAAAAUCACUUCGAAUAUUUUAUUCAAGGAGGCACAAAUUGGAACUGGGUGGGAUUUGGAACCAAGAUUUACUUGGCUGGAAUCAAGAUUCAUCCUGGAUUUGAGCAAGUCACCUUCGAGCAUGACAUCGCUAUACUCCAAUUCAAGGAGCGAGUAAUCCUAACGAGUAGCAUCUUCCCUGUUUGCCUACCUCCUCCCGUUUCCGUCAUAACGGAUUACUCGAGUCAAAGCGUUGUUAUUGCUGGAUGGGGUUGCAUUGACGAGCAUUGCCAAACAGACGAUCGCCCAAUUUUACUUCGGGACACCGUUUUACCCAUAAUUGACAACGAUCUAGCUAUGUGUUUGUUCUUGAACGAUUCCAUUGAAUCUGGAUCCCCAGAGUACAUUCCUAAGGAGACUUUCAUCGUUGUGGGUGAUGACUCCGGGAGUAGUGCAACUUGUUCUGGGGAUUCCGGGUCUCCUGCCGUACGAGAUCGAGGAGAUCAAUGGGAAGUAGUGGGCCUGGUCAGCUGGAGCAGAGGAUGUGGUCGAAAGUUUCGACCGACUGUUCUCACCCGAGUAGAAUCUUAUAGUGCUUGGGUUUUGGACAGCCUCGGUCGAUCCUAAAUUUCUCAUCAUGAACUCGACAGGUGAAGAAGU